GAAAGCACACCCAGUCACAUUAAAGAAGCCAAACUGUCUGCUUCAAAGAGAAAAGGCAACAUCCUGUCGCAGGCCAUGCUCUGGCAAAAAUCUACAGCUCCAGAGCAAGCUCCUGCCCCACCACGGCCAUACCAGGGUGUUCGAGUCAAGGAGCCAGUGAAGGAGCUACUGAGGAGAAAGCGUGGCCAUGCCAGCAGUGGGGCAGCUGCCCCACCUACUGCGGUGGUGCUACCCCACCAGCCCCUGGCAACCUACAGCACAGUGGGUCCUUCCUGCCUUGACAUGGAGGUUUCUGCUUCCACAGUGACAGAGGAGGGGACAUUGUGUGCUGGCUGGCUCUCCCAACCUGCCCCAGCCACCCUGCAGCCCUUGACUCCAUGGACACCCUACACGGAGUAUGUGUCCCACGAAGCUGUCAGCUGCCCUUACUCAGCUGACAUGUAUGUGCAGCCCGUCUGCCCCAGUUACACAGUGGUGGGACCCUCCUCGGUGCUGACCUACGCUUCUCCGCCACUCAUUACUAAUGUCACGCCAAGAAGCACUGCUACACCUGCCGUGGGGCCCCAGCUGGAGGGUCCGGAGCACCAGGCACCCCUCACCUAUUUCCCGUGGCCUCAGCCCCUUUCCACACUGCCUGCCUCCAGUCUGCAGUACCAACCUCCAGCCCCAUCCCUGCCCGGGCCCCAGUUUGUCCAGCUUCCCAUCUCUAUCUCAGAGCCAGUCCUUCAGGACAUGGAUGACCCUAGAAGGGCCAUCAGCUCCCUGACCAUUGACAAGCUACUUCUGGAAGAAGAGCAAAGCAACACCUAUGAGCUCAACCACACCCUCUCUGUGGAGGGCUUUUAGGGCUGCCCUGCGGCUCACAGCCCUCUCCCUGGAAACUGAGAUUUCAGAUGAGUUCAGAAGGAGCCUAGCCGCCUGUUUGAAGUGGCUCUUCCCUAGGUAUCCCUUCUGCCUAAAGCUGAGUUGUGUUCCUUCUUUUCUCCUCUCUUCCCUUCUUGUUUCCCUUGCCCCCUCCCCAGUUCACCUCCCUCCUUAUUUCUUCUUCCAGUUUUCUUUCCUGGAGGGGUAAAUUAUAGUGGUUUUCUGAGCAGAAUCUUAUACUGAAUGUCACCAAGUCCGCAGCUCAGAGUUUCCCCUUGAUGUCACGUCAUUAGAAAAGUGCCUCCUGUUUUCUGGUAGCUAUAGCAUUAUAGAUCUACCUGUCUGCCAUUCUGAAAUGCAUGGGAUCCCACAGGGAGACUGAAGCCACCAGCACCUCCCUGUUGAGUCAGGUAUGGACAAGACACUCUCCCAUGCCACAGUUUUGUAUUGCUCUUCUCAGCCUUGGCUGAUCUAAGCAGAUGUCUCUGGGCUGGUUGGAGGGGGUGGGACAGGACUAUCAGGGUGGCUAGGGACAGUCAGUGAGCAAUGAGAGACAGGGCUGAGGAGGAGUGGCACACAUACAUGUGGUGUGCCUGUGGUUAGAAGGGCAAGAGCAAGGGGAGGCUGAGAAGUGAUCCAACUACCUGCAACCAACAUUGAAAAAAAAAUCACUUUAAUGUGGUUCAGCUGAUCUUCUCCACAGUAAUUGUGAGCAGAGCUGGGCGUGGUCAGCUGGAUAAUGAUGGGCCUGUUUCUGCCCUUCUGCAGGCCCCCUAACAGGACACCAGCCCUUAAACUACCUUUGUCAAGGCGUUGCCAGAGAAACAGGAAAAGACCCUGACACCCAACAAUGAGGAGAGGUCCUGUUUAGUCCUUCCA